UGACUACAGGAUGCUGCUCACACUCUUGUCCUCCAGUACGGAGACUGGUCAGUGACACUUCAUGCUCAUUCCUGAUGUAGUUUCAUGUGAAUAUCUGCUGAACUCCGCGCGCGCACAUGGCGUGCUUCUUCAGGCGGAGCGUCGCGCUGCAGCUCGCGAAGGUGUGCGGAGUGUCUGAAGAUGCUUUAAUACCCUUGAUCUGUGCAGUGCCAGUGUCAAAGAAACAGCCGUCCGCUGAUCUGCGUGUGUCUGUCGGCUGUCUGCUGCGGAGCGGAGCUGCUGUUCCGGAUGGAGACCUGCACACCAAAACACAAGCGCUGGCCAAUCAGAUCAGACGGGACUCUGUCGUGGAGGACGUCGUCGCUGCUCAAGGAGAGAUUCACUUCAGAUUGAACAAACUGAUCCUGGCGCAGAAACUCUUAGAGCAGCUGCAGUCGGAGCCUGACGGGUUCGGCGUGAAGAGUGAACUUCUGCAGCAUCUUCAGGGCGGCAGGACGCUGGUGGAGUUCAGUUCUCCAAACAUCGCUAAGAAAUUUCAUGCCGGACAUCUUCGCUCCACUAUAAUUGGAAACUUCAUUGCCAACCUAAAGAAGGCCUUGGGGAAAGAGGUUAUUCGAGUCAAUUAUUUGGGUGACUGGGGAAUGCAGUUUGGUCUGUUGGGCGCAGGCUUUGAGCGCUUCGGCUGUCAGGAGAAGCUGAAGACGCAGCCGCUGGAACAUCUGUUUGAGGUGUACGUGCAGGUGAACCGCGAGGCCGAGUGUGACGAGAGCGUGCGUACGGCGGCCGCUGGGUUUUACAGGCGUCUGGUGCAGCGGGAGGAUCAGGCUCUGGCCCUGUGGAAGCAGUUUCGGGAGAUCACUGUGCACGAGUACAAACGCAUCUAUCAGCGUUUAGGAGUUGACUUUGACCAUUACUCUGGAGAGUCUCUUCAUGACGCUCAGACUCAGAGUGUGCUGGAAGAGCUGACGGCCAAACGCCUGCUGAAGACCUCAGAGAAGGGCACGGGUGUGGUGGAUCUGUCUGGGACGGGCGACAUGUCGUCUUACGCCACAUUAGUGCGCAGUGAUGGGACGUCCCUGUACCUCACCAGAGACGUGGCAGCAGCGCUGGACAGGAAGCAGAGGUUUGGCUUUGAUGAGAUGAUCUAUGUGACUGAUAAGAGUCAGACCGUCCACUUCCAGCAGCUCUUUCACAUCCUGGCAGCUAUGGGACACCAGUGGGCAGAGAGGUGUCGUCAUGUGGCGUUCGGGCUGGUGCAGGGCAUGAGCACGCGCCGCGGGGAGGUGGUGUUCCUGGAGGACGUGCUGGAGGAGGCGCGGAGCCGCAUGAUCAACAACAUGAGGCAGUCCAGAACUUCAAAAGUGCUGGAGGAGCCGGAACUGACAGCCGAGAGGAUCGGGGUCAGCGCUUUAAUCAUACAGGACUUUAAAGGGCCUCUGAUGUCAGACUAUAAAUUCGAGUGGGACAAAGUCCUACAGUCUCGAGGAGACACGGGUGUGUUUCUGCAGUACACACACGCCCGGCUCUGCAGUUUGCUGAGGACACACGCGAGUGAGGCGUACUCUUGCCGUGACGUCUCUCCUCUCAUGGACAGCAGAAGUGUUUCAGUUCUCCAGCACCUGCUCAGAUAUGAUGAAGUGCUUCUUCAGUCGGUGAACGACCUGCAGCCCCGACACCUGGUCAACUUCCUCAUGACCCUCAGUCACCUGGUGGCGUCGGCUCAUCGAGAGCUGCCCGUGAAGGGAAGUCCAGAAGCGACGGCCCAGGCCCGCCUGUGUCUGUUCAGCUCCGCCCGCUCAGCGCUGGCCAGUGGCAUGAGGAUUCUGGGUAUUACACCAGUCGACAAAAUGUGACGUACUGUAAUAAAAGGAUUUUUCUUCAA